UUCAACUCUUGUUAAAUUCAUGGUGGAUGAAUCGAUAUAAUAGUGUUUUCCUUAAGAUAAUAUUAGCAUGGACUAUUAUCCCUAUUAGAGCUUGCUUUCAUCCAGAACAUUUGUCAGUUUGUAUGUAAGCGAGAUCCGCAUAUAUUUAUUUCUUUCGAAUGUUAUUUUACUAUUUUGAAACUUGCAUUUUCUGACUGUCUUUUUGUAAAUAUUUGGAGCGUAUCCCAUUGAUAAGUCAUUGAGUAAAACUUUACAAUAGAGAAGGGUGUACAAGACAAGAGAAGGGUUUCCAGUUUUAUUUUUUUUUAUUAUUUAUUUCUUUCUUAGGAUCCCUUGAUAUAUCGCAAUUGUUUUUAUUUGUUUAACGAUAUAGAAACUAUUGAUCAGCAUGCUUUCUACCUGUAUUACAGUUGCGGGAUCAGACUGCAGCGGCGGUGCUGGUAUCCAAGCCGAUUUGAAGGUGUUUACAGCUCAUUCUGUGUAUGGUAUGAGCGCUAUAACCGCUAUAACAUCACAGAACACCAUUGGUGUCAAUGGUGUACAUUUAAUACCGGCUCCCUUUGUUGAAAAACAAAUAGACGCGUGUAUGUUGGACGUUAAAUGUAAUGUUAUGAAAACUGGAAUGUUAUUUAUUCCUGCUAUACUCAAAGUAACUCUCGAUAUGAUUGAUCGUUACAAACUUAAGACUGUUGUUGUGGAUCCAUUGAUUGCUACACGUAAGGGUGUUUUGCUCGUUUUACCUGGCUAUCUGGAACUAUUUAUUAAAGAGCUCAUUCCCAGAGCUACUAUAUUAACUCCAAACAUAGCAGAGGCGAGUAUAUUAUUGAAACAUAUGACUCAAGAAACAAUCGAGAUUCACCAUGUCGAUGAUGUGAAGACAUUGGGAGCGAAAUUGAUUGCCUCUGGAUGUAAAAAUAUCAUUAUUCGUUGUGAUGGUAUUUCUUUCGAUAAUGAGUUUUUUGUUUGCAAGGAUUCUUUAACGCCAUCCUCAUGGUAUGUAUACGUUCUAUGCACUAGCGAAGUACAGUUGGUCAUACCUCAAAAAUGGCUGUCUACAAAAAUUGCAAAAGGGACAAGCUGCGCUUUGUCUUCUGCCAUUGCUGCUAAUCUCGCUAAUGAAAUGGACGUGCAAACCGCCGUGAAACGUUCCGUUGCUUAUACUCAGCAUGCUCUUGAGUAUAGCUUCCAUCUAGGUCGCGGAGCAAAUUCUUUAGAAUAUUCUUCUGGCUAUGGGUGUUUACCAUUUGAGGAAGGAGAAUUCGUUGGGUAUUUUAGAAAUCAUCCUCACCUAUCACAAACCUGGAACUUUCUUUUUGAGCAUCAUUUUUUGCAAAAGUUUAAGAAUACAACUUUAGCUAUUGACGAGUUUAAGAAAUACCUAGCUCUGAAGUAUCAUAUGCUAAUGAAUAAUGCCCAAGCUGCAGGCCUGACAGCAUUUUCUUCUUCUAAUAUAGCUGUUAUAGAACGCAGUGCCAAUAUUAUUCAGAUCAUAAAGGAGGAAAAUGUAAUUCAUCUGCAAAUUUGCAAGCAGUAUGGUUUGGCACCUGAACAAUUCGUGGAUAGAAAACCUGCAUUUGUCAACGCACACUCUUCCUUUAUCAAUGAUGUUGGACAACGUGAAGGAGUUCUUGGUAUCCAGGUAGCCAUGCUUCCUUUUUCUAUUAUCCUUCAAGACAUAUUCUCAAAAAUGGAUAUUUUGGACUCCGGUGCUUUUAAACCUUUUGUUUUACAUUGCAAGGAUUCUGUAACCAUAGAGCAUAUCAACGGUCUUUUGAGAAACUUGGAAUCUGAAGCUUCUACCUUAGUACCUGAAAAAAUCCAGCAACUAUUAAAUAUAUUAGAGCAAAGCAUUUCGUUUGAGAUGGCAGCUUUUGAUAUUACUUUAGACAAUGAAACUACUAUAUUUUAAUUCAAUA